AUGACUAUUGAUUCAACCUCUCUGCCAAAUGGCUCUGGAGCUAUAAAUGGGGGGAAUGCCACAUCCUCCAAACCCGAGAUGAUUGAGACGGACCUUCUCAUUAUUGGAGCUGGACCUGCUGGAGCGGCUUUGGCCUGCUUUUUGGCACAGCAUGGUAAAUUUGUUACUGACAUGUUUUUGUAUAAUUCUUGUGCUAAUCCGAUAUACAGGCCUCAAGGGUAUUAUGUUGGCGUCCACGCCAAGUACUGCUGAUACACCUCGAGCACACAUCACAAAUAUGGCCGCCUUAGAAUGCUUACGAGACAUUGGGUUAGAAGAAGAGUGUAAAAAAGUGGCCGUAAAAGGAGAUUCCAUGCAACACACAAGAUGGUGUAGAAGCAUGACCGGGGAAGAGUUCACACGCAUCUAUUCCUGGGGAAAUGACCCGGCAAGAGCGGGUGAUUAUGAUGCUGCGAGUCCUUGUUCACAUGUAGGAUUUUCAGAACUAUCUUCAUUUUUAGAGACUAAUACAUGUAGGUCGAUAUUCCUCAAACAGUAUUAGAGCCCAUUCUCGUACAGCAUGCAACCCACAAUGGCUUCCACUGCCGAUUCGAUUCUACGUUUUUAUCCUUCGAACGCCAAUCCGAUGGUUCCCUCAUCAGUAAUAUUCAAGAUAAUUUGACUAAACUCACAUACAAGAUUAAGUCAAAAUACUUGUUUGGCUGUGAUGGAGCUCGUAGUCAAGUUCUUCGUCAAUUAAAAAUCCCACUAGUAAAAAAACCAGGCCAAGGAUUGGCGACGAAUUGUCUUGUUAAGGUCGAUUUAUCACAUGCGAUCAAAUCACGCAUGGGGAAUCUUCACCAAAUAAUGCGACCAGAUGAGGAGGUUCGUCCUUUUGCCUGGACUACUGUUGUUCGAAUGGUCAAACCGUGGAACGAGUACGUGCAUUUUCUCUUCACGUAGAUUGAUGCACGCUUUUGCUGCGUUUAUUUUUCUUCUAGCAUACCGGAAAUUGUGCCUAUUCUAUGCUAAUGAUUAUUAGGUGGAUGUUUAUUAUGCUUCCAACACCCGGAGCUGGUGUUGACUUCUCGCCGUCUCAAGAAGAAUAUAUGGAAGCUUGUAAAGCCAUUGUUGGCGAUGACUCAAUACCAAUCGAGAUUCUCGGGAUCUCAAAAUGGUUCAUCAAUGAAAUUGUAGCAGAAUAUUACUCUGAUGGAAACAUGUAAGACUCCCUCUUUACCCCAGGAACUACGAAUAUCUAACCGUUUUGUGAAGCUUUUGUCUGGGUGAUGCUGUACAUCGACAUCCUCCAUUCAAUGGGCUAGGAUCGAAUACGUGUAUCCAAGAUGCAUACAACCUCGCGUGGAAAAUCUCUUAUGUUAUGAAGGGAAAAGCAGACAGCUCCAUUCUCAAAACAUUUUCCCACGAAAGACAGCCAGUGGGAGAAUCCAUCGUCACUCGUGCGAACCAAGGACUCCGCGACCAUAUUCCCGUAUGGGAAGCUCUGGGCAUGAUGGAUCCAUCUCUCGAAGUCCGCAAGAAGGAAUUUGCUGAAUUAUCAGCCGCGACACCAGAAGGUGUUGCGAGAAGACAGAAGCUUCAAAACGCUGUUAACAACACCUCACAUGAGUUUCACGGUGUGGGUGUGGAGAUGAACCAACGCUAUGUAUCCAAAGCGGUUUACCUCGAAGACGAGACUACACGACCAGCUCUACCAGAAGAUCCAGUCCUCCAUCAUGAAAUCACUACAUUCCCUGGAAGUCGGCUGCCACAUGCCUGGCUCAAUACCAAGAGUCCCGGAAAGCAAUUCUCAACCAUCGACCUUGCUGGGCACGGCGUAUUUUCCCUCUUCACCGGCAUAGGAGGCGAAGAAUGGAAAGUCGCGGCAAAGAAAGUUUCCAAGACGCUGGGAAUCGAGAUCCGGCCGUAUUCCAUUGGCUUUGGACAGGAUUAUCAAGAUGUUUAUUUUGACUGGGCGAAACGAAGGGAUAUUGCGGAGGAUGGGUGUGUUUUGGUGAGACCGGAUCGGUUUGUGGCGUGGAGAUCUCAUGGAAUUAUUGAGUCGCCGGAAGAAAGGUUGAUGAAGGUUAUGAGGUCGGUACUUGGGUUAUAA